UAUUUAUUUGACAUUUGAUUUCCAACACCAUUUUAUUUUUCUUUAGUUUUAUUUUAGUUAUAGAUUCUGUAGGUUGUGUUUUAAGUUUAGUUAAAGGACGAGGACGAAAUGGAAAACAAAGCAGAUUUUCAAUAUCCUCAUACCUUCGUUCUCCUGGGAGCUUCAGGUGACCUUGCAAAAAAGAAGAUUUAUCCCACGAUAUGGUAUUUGUACCGAGACAAUCUUCUUCCUAAAAACACGAGGUUUGUUGGCUAUGCUCGAACAAAACAAACUAUCGAAGAUGUUCGUGAAAAAUCAAAAAAAUAUAUGAAGAUUAGACCUGGUGAUGAGGAAAAAUUAGAAAAAUUUUGGGAAGCUAACGACUAUGUUGCUGGUUCAUACGACAGAAGAAUUGACUAUGAAUUUCUUAAUCAACAUAUUAGUAAGCACGAAAAAGAACUAGUAGCGAAUAGAAUUUUUUAUUUAGCAGUACCACCUACAGUAUUUGAAGAUGUUACAGUUAACAUUAAGAAUGCUUGUAUAUCAAUUAAAGGAUAUACAAGAGUAAUCAUUGAAAAACCUUUUGGUCGUGAUGAUGAAUCGUCAGAGAAGCUGAGCAAUCAUUUAGCUGGGUUAUUUAGAGAAGAACAAAUUUACAGAAUUGAUCACUACCUUGGCAAAGAGAUGGUUCAAAACUUAAUGACUAUUCGAUUUGCUAAUCAAAUCUUUAGCCCUUCCUGGAAUAGGGAAAACAUAGCAUCAGUGCUCAUUUCAUUCAAGGAACCAUUUGGUACCGAAGGCAGAGGUGGAUAUUUUGAUGAUUUUGGCAUACUCCGUGAUGUUAUGCAAAAUCAUCUUUUACAGAUCCUAUCCCUUGUGGCUAUGGAAAAACCAGUAACCCUGAAUCCAAAUGACAUAAGAGAUGAAAAAGUUAAAGUGUUACGGCACAUUAAACCCAUUGAGUUAACUGAUUUAUUAGUUGGUCAGUAUGUUGGUGACCCUAAUGGUCAAGGUGAAGCAAAGUUAGGUUAUCUUGAUGACCCAACUGUACCUAAAGAUUCAGUGACACCAACCUAUGCAGUUGCUGCAUUAUACAUAAACAACUCUAGGUGGCAAGGAGUACCAUUCAUUCUGCGCUGUGGAAAAGCUCUAAAUGAGAGAAAAGCAGAAGUUCGAAUUCAAUACAAGGAUGUACCUGGUGAUAUAUUUGAAGGUCACACUAAGCGAAAUGAGCUUGUGAUUAGAGUCCAACCUGGAGAAGCCUUAUAUUUAAAAUUAAUGUGCAAGUCACCUGGUAUGAAGUUUGAUUUAAUGGAAACUGAACUUGAUCUCACAUAUAGUAUGCGAUACAAGGAGACUGAUGUUCCUGAUGCUUAUGAAAGGUUAAUUCUUGAUGUUUUUACUGGGACCCAGAUGCAUUUUGUGAGAAAUGAUGAAUUAAAAGAAGCUUGGCGUAUAUUUACUCCGGUCCUUAAACAAUUAGAGGAUCAACAUAUUAAACCUGUUCCUUAUGUUUAUGGAUCUCGGGGACCACCAGAAGCAGAUGAAAAACUAGCUAGUUAUGAUUUUAAAUAUUCUGGUUCCUACAAAUGGCAAAAACCAACACUCUCUUAAACAAUUUCACAUUACUCCCCCGUGGUGAUGGUGUUCCUUUUGAAGGUGUGUAUUUAUAAUAAAUUUUAAAUAAUUUGCAUAAUAUUAUGCAACUCAAAUGUUGUAGAUAUUAAUAUUAUGUAUAAUGAGUAAGUAAACAUUCCAUUUUUGAUAGAAAUAUGCAAAAUUUUUCCAAAGGUCAUUUUAAGGUCAAUUAAGUUACAUACUAAGAAUAUCAGCAUUUUCUUUUUUACAUAGAGUAUUAAAUUAAAAUUAAUGAAUAAUUUUAAUAUUUAAUUUGUAUACUGCUUUAAAAAAAAGUUGACAUCACAUUUUAAAUAUGAGUUAUUAUACCUAUUAUAAUUCCUAUAGAAGUCGAGUAACUGAUUAUGCAGAGGUCAAAUUGUCACCUUGAAAUGCAGAUUAGCUAAGAAAAUGGACAUUGGCUUGGGCUUUCAACUAGGGCUACAAGUAAUGCAUUCUGUCUUAAAUUAAUUUAGUUAUUUUCCUUAGCAACACAAAAGCAUUAUUUAUAUUGGUGCUGUUAUGAAGCCUUACAAUAAUUUAAGUAUUUUUGAUAUUGCAAUGAAUCUUCAUCUUUCUAUUGUCUUUUUAAAAGAAAAUAAGUAAAAUGAAUAUAUUGUAAAUUUAAGGAUAUUUUUUUUGAAUACUGACAAUUUGUUACUUUUCUUUUAUAAUUUAAGAUUGUUUAUUUUUUUAAGUAGAGCUUGUGGAGAAAAGUCAUAAUUGGAAAAAUGCUUUUUAAAAGCCUCUAGAGGUUAUAACUUUUUAUUGUAUUUGUAUUUCAUUAUUCUAUUUAUUUUGUCAAAUAUGACUUAGUGAUAAGUGGGCUUAGAGGGAGGUUUUUGAAAGUUUUACAAUUUUUUUCUUAUAAAUAUAUAGUUGACAGAAAA